AUGGCCGAGGCCAGAUCGCAACACCACACCGGCAGCGCCGAACCAGCAAGCACACGCGACCCCGAGGCCGAGGCCCUGCUGUUCGACGACGACCCAGGGUCCUCAGACGGCGAUGAUGACAUCGCCAAGCAAGAACCACUCCGGCAGGUCCCCACUGGGGCAGCCCGGCCGCCCGGCGCCCUGGCCCUGAGCGGCGCCAUGAGGCCGCCGCCCCAGUCCCCAGGCACGUCGACGCCGACGCCGACGCCCCCGUCCGGCCAGAGAACACCACGCACGCCCCAGCGCGUCCGCUUCGACCCCAACCCCACCAUCCUGCACGGCCGCACCCCCAAUGGCACCGCCGACAGCUUCGACAGCCAGCGCCGCGGGUCCUUCUCGUCCUCCUCCUCCCAGCGCGACAGCUUCGACGACCUCGACUUCGACAUAAGCGCCGGGGCCGGCGGCAGGGGCAGGGGCGGCGCCGGCGCGGACGGGGAGCACCGCCGGCCCCUGCUGACCGGCAUCGAGGCCCCCAGCGUCGCCCUGGCCAACGGGCCCUGGGGCGGCGAGCACGACGACGCCGAGGGCUGGGCCGAGAGCGAGCGCCAGCGCCCAAAGUCGGGCCUCCGCUCCGCCUUUAUGAACAUGGCCAACAGCAUCAUCGGCGCCGGCAUCAUCGGCCAGCCCUACGCCUUCAAGCAGGCCGGCCUGCUGUCGGGCAUCAUCCUGCUGGUCGGGCUCACCUUUGUCGUCGACUGGACCAUCUGCCUCAUCGUCGUCAACAGCAAGCUCAGCGGCGCCAACAGCUUCCAGGGCACCGUCGAGCACUGCUUCGGGAGGAGCGGCCUGAUCGCCAUCAGCCUCGCCCAGUGGCUGUUUGCCUUCGGCGGCAUGGUCGCCUUCGGUGUCAUUGUCGGGGACACCAUACCGCACGUUCUGCAGGCCGUCUGGCCCGGCCUCAGGGACACGCCCGUGCUUGGGAUGCUGGCGGAUCGGAGGGCUGUGAUUGUGAUAUUCAUCCUUGGGGUCAGCUAUCCAUUAACAUUAUAUAGAGACAUCGCGAAGCUUGCCAAAGCUAGCACCCUUGCAUUGAUUAGCAUGAUGGUCAUUCUAGUUACUGUAGUAAUUCAGGGCGUCCUGGCGCCCGCAGAAGAUCGGGGAUCCUUUAGCACGCCGCUUCUCACGGUAAACUCAGGCAUACUCCAAGCAAUAGGGGUCAUCUCGUUUGCCUUUGUCUGCCAUCAUAACUCGCUACUCAUCUACGGCUCCCUCAAAACGCCGACCAUCGACCGCUUCAGCCGCGUCACGCACUUCUCCACGGGCGUGUCAAUGCUGGCGUGCCUGCUGAUGGCGCUCGCCGGGUUCGUCACCUUUGGCGACAAGACAGAGGGCAACAUCCUCAACAACUUCCCCGCCGACAACACCAUGGUCAACGUCGCACGUCUGUGCCUCGGCCUCAACAUGCUAACCACGCUGCCCCUCGAGGCCUUUGUGUGCCGCGAGGUCAUGCUCAACUACUACUUCCCGGGCGAGCCCUUCAACAUGCACCUCCACCUCAUUUUCAGCACGAGUCUCGUCAUCAGCGCAACCGUGCUGAGCGUCCUGACCUGCGACCUGGGCUCCGUUUUCGAGCUCGUCGGCGCUACGAGCGCAUCCGCCAUGGCGUACAUACUCCCCCCACUGUGUUAUAUAAAAUUGUCCUCGAGGUCAUGGAAGACAUACGUCGCCGGUGCUGUUGUCGUGUUCGGUUGCUGUGUGAUGGUCAUAAGUACCCUCCAAGCCGUGAGCAAAAUAAUCAGAGGCAGGUCACAACAGGCCACAGGAUCCAGGCCGGGCCAGGCAGCGGAAACACGUUGCUUCCCAAUAAAACGUGGAAUUUGCACCGGUACGACGCCAGCCUCCCAGGAGGGCCGCGUGACUAUGUUCUCAGCCUUAUGA